AUGCCGGCGCCUCUUGCUCCAUAUCCAACUGUUUCAGUACCUUUCACGCCACCCGCCAAUGGUGCACAAAGCCAGCUUGUGUGUUCUGGUUGUCAAAACCUUUUAAUCUAUCCAGUUGGAGCAACCUCUGUAUGUUGUGCUGUAUGCAAUGCAGUCACAUCUGUACCUCCUCCCGGCACUGAAAUGGCUCAAUUGGUAUGUGGAGGUUGCCACACAUUACUAAUGUACAUUCGAGGUGCAACAAGCGUGCAAUGCUCAUGUUGCUACUCCAUCAAUCUAGCUUUGGAAGCAAAUCAAGUAGCACAUGUGAAUUGUGGGCAUUGCCGGAUGCUGUUGAUGUACCAAUAUGGGGCACCAUCUGUAAAAUGUGCAGUUUGCCAUUUUGUGACACCAGCUGGGGCUUCAACAAACACCACUGAACAAAAGUUCAACAGCUAA